AUGCCUGGCAUUCCUCUCGGUGCCCUUGAUAACCUGAAGGCCAAGCUCAAGGCCGCUUUCAAGAAACGGACGGAAAAGAAGUCCACCCAAGACAAGCCAGCCGAGGCUCAAGCCACCCAGAAGCCCGCUGAAGACCCCAAGCCCGCGGAGGCUGCCGCAGCUACUGCUGCUUCCAGCACAACGCCUGCCACCGCUCCAUCCCCGACCAAGCCUCAAGAACCUGCCCCUGCCGCUGAUCCUACUCCUGCCACGGAACCCGCCAAGGCAGAGGCCAAGACAGAGGCUAAGCCGGCAGCGCAGCCAGAGGAGGCCGCUCCAGCCCAGCCCGCCAAGACAGACGCUACACCAACCACGGCCGCCGCGCCCGCUACCGAGCCAACUGCCGCCGAGAACAAGAAGGACGAGGCCCUGGCCUCCGCUGCUGCCGCCGUCCCCUCCGCCGCUCCUGCACCAACUGCGUAG